UUUUUAUUAUUUUUUUACAAUAUUCAUUCAAUUUUUAAUUAUUUCAUUAUAUUAAAAUAUAAUCGCCAACCAACUACUUUUAAUUCAGUUGUUUUACUCCAAUUUAUUUUUUUUUAGUAAUUUGUGAUGAAAAUUAGUUACCUAGAAGAGAAAGUUGUUUAGAUACACUGAAUACAACGGUACUAAUGGCUACGUGAAAAAAUGGAAUUAAAAAAACGAAAAUCUGGUGGUGUGACAUCUGGAUGAACGCCGGGCUAAAUUUUCGUGGCUGUUGGGCUUCCAAAAUAAAAAAAAAAAAAAAAAAAAACAACAAUAAAAAGUGGAUUGUUUUUAAAUAAUUACUCAAGAGGUUUAAAAAUUAAUAAACAAAAUAACCAAAGCGACGAGUGAUCAGGUUUAGUGGUAAAUGGAGUGAAUUUCAAUUUCAAUUUUUUAUUAUUAUUUUUAUAUUAUUACCGUCAAGUGAAGCGUGAAUUUUUCUCCAACGUGAUUUAGUUGUCAUUGUAUUACAAUAAUUGAUUGGAGCAUCGUAUGUUGGAGGAUUUUAUUUAUAUUGAAUGCAAGAAGAAUUCUGGCAGUGUUUAUUAUCUGAUUUAAUUCAUUAAUCAUUGCCAAUUGUUUUAUUUUUUAUUAUUGUUUUAAUCUAUUAACAGUUAGAGCAGUCUAUAUUUAUUACAUUGCAUAAAGAUACUUUUAUGCGUGUGUAAUCAAUACAUUUAAAUGAGAUUCAAUUGGUUUUUAUUCUAUUUAAUAUAAUUUUUUGUUACUAUUUUUAUUUCCUCACAGCCGAGUGAUUAAUUAAAAUGGAAAAUGAUCAGUUACGAUAACAGAUGUACUCUGAUAAAUACUUAUUCACAUGGUUAUUUAAUAAGCUGCUAAAUUUUUAUAACACUUUUUGGUUAACUUUCAAACACAAUUUUUUAUUAAUUAAUAAUAAUAAAAGUACAACGUGGGAUUUAAGUAUUUGUGAUAGAGUGAAAAUAAAAACAAUUUCAAGAGAUAAAAUAAGUAUAAAGUUAAAGUGUUGUGCCAUUUUUCAAGUGGAACGUUAAGAGGAGGCUGUGGAUAAAAGCAAGAUUUAUAGAUGGAAGGAAUCGGUAACGAAAAAACAAACGAGACUGAUGGCUGUUUUAAUAAAAAAGAAGCGUUAUUGGAGCGCGAUGAAGCCUCGGAAGAAGAAACCAAAACAAAUAAAAAGGAAGAAGAUGAUGAUGACAUUAACAAUGGUUUAAAUGAUUCGGAAAAUAGGGUAAACGCAAUGUCCUCGACAAACGGUAACCAGCUGGAAAAGUUGGAAAAGUUGGAAAAGUUGGAGAAACGUAUAUCACGAGAAGAGGACCCCGAGGAAGACGAAGGCAAGGGCUCCGAUGAAGAACAGGAGAGUAAAGAGAAGGCUGAAGUUGAGGAUAACAAACGUGAUAAUAAUGAAGAGUCUUCGACAUCGUCAACGUCGACCUCGGAUGAUGAGUCUGAGACGACUUCUGAAGACAAGACCGAGCCUUCAGGUAAACCGGAAGAGAUAUCACCUCCCUCACCUCCCUCACUUCCCGCCGCUGAUUCUGAUAAACCACAAGAAAAGACUGAAGAACCCGCUAAAAAUGAUGAUACCACCGACGACAGUGAUAUUGAUGACGAUCUUGUGUCGACUAUCAAUUACAACACGAUUACCUCGCUCGCCGCGCUAAAAGAUAUGCUUCAGUGUAGUGGCGAAGACUCUGACAAUGUUGACAGUUUUUUUCAUCAUUACUUUUUGUCACACGUUAAUCGUUUGCCCUCAAGAAAUCAAACUCACAGCCCUUAUCCCUGGGGCAGAAGACUCUCCGAGUGCCGUGAAGAAGACGAAGAUGAGACUGAAGAAGGAAAAACAAAUGAAACGGAUAAAUCAAAUGAUAAGAAAGUGACGAAUCAGGAGUCUCAAGAUAAAUCUGAAAGUGUAACAUCUAAAGUAUCUAGUCCAUCCUCAUCUGAGAAAUCAAGUUCAGAAAAAAUAGAUCAAAAAUCUAAUACAACAUCGAGUGUCUCGGAGCCGAGGCCUCGGCCGCCACCUACUGCAUCAACAGGUUCUAGAUUUACAACGACAAUUGUUACAUCACCGACGGCUAAUAAACCAUUGUUACGUCGAAGGCACACUUCUGGUCCUACAAUGACUUUUCCGGCUACAGAUCCUCCAAAUUACUGCAACAGCAUGGUUUUUUCUCGAACAAGUCCAUUGCCGAGUCCACAUUUGGAUAAAAGAUUUUUUGAUUCGAGUUUAAUUGAAAUGAAAAGCCAAGCCAGUAGUUCAAGUACUCUUGAUUAUGAUUCUGCUGAAGAAAUUUGGGUUAAGAGGGUUGAUUUUUUGCAGGAACGAAAGCGCAAAGAGUUGCGUUUGUCUCAGCCGUUACCAGUUAAAAAGGAUGAAAAGGAAGAGGAAAAAAAAAUUGACGUUGCCAAUGAAGAAGUUGAAGGUCUUCGUCCACGAGCAGGUACUUGGAGCCCGAAUUCAGAUAAAAAGAAAAAAGUACCUAAGCCAGCAGUAAGUAGUGCUCCUAAUUCUGGGAGAUCAACACCUUUACCUCAUCAUUCAAUAGCUGUAAACACAUCAGCAUCUGCGUCGGCAGUUGCGUCGAGAAAACAUCCUACGGCAACACGUUCAGCCUCAACUAGCCGCAGUAAUAGCCGUAGUAAUAGUGUAGAUCGAAGAAGUGAAGAACUAAGUCCUACUAAACGUAAUACCUUUUUGGGUAAUUUUCGUUCGAGAAGUAAGUCUGAUUCAAGUAAAAGAAAGUCCAGUAUUAUUGCUACCGUCAGAGCACAACUACAGUUGUAUAAAGCAGGAGGAAAAGAAUCAGGUAGUGGUGGAUCUGGUGGUGUCGGUGGUGGAGGUGAAAGUUCAACUGGAAGCUCCACGAGUGAUGUCAAUCCUGAAAGGGAAUCACGCAGAAGUCGUAAAGAUGAACGUCGUGCUUCUGCUGAUUGUAUGAGAAAUCCUGUUUCAAGAGUUAUUGAUUUACUUAGACGCAGUAAAAGUCCAAAUACAGUUGAGGAUAGGCGAAGAGCCAGAUCUCAGAAUCUUCAUUCGCAUCAGUCAUCGCUGUCAUCAUCAGCAUCAACUUUACCUUCUACAUCAGGAUCACAAUUAGGUCAUCAUCAUUCUCAAGGUGCUAUUAGACGGAGUUCACUUGAAUCCGGUGACAGGAAUCCUAUAACUAUACCAGGAGCACGUCGUAGAACUCAUCAUUUCGAUCCAGCACACACUGCUAUAUUGUUUCGCAAUGCUCGAGGGCUCCCAGUGGCUGAUUCAUUCACGAAAAGUCAACCAAAAUCAGAUUUGGAAAAAGAUGAAACGCAGAUAUACGUGAAAUUUUUCAAAUUUCACAAAUGUUAUGAUCUCAUACCUACGAGUGCAAAAUUGGUUAUAUUUGAUACUAAGCUCGCUGUCAAAAAGGCAUUCUUCGCUCUUGUUUAUAAUGGUGUCAGAGCGGCGCCAUUAUGGGACAGUGCCAAACAACAAUUUGUUGGAAUGCUAACCAUUACCGAUUUUAUAAAAAUUCUUCAAAAGUAUUAUACUAGUCCUACGGUCACAAUGUAUCAAUUGGAAGAACAUGAACUUAAUACUUGGAGAGACGUUUUACACAAAGAAAUUCAUCCAUUGGUAACUAUUGGACCUGAUGCUUCUAUGUACGAUGCCAUUAAAUCAUUGAUUCAAAAUAGAAUCCACCGAUUGCCUGUGAUAGACCCGGAUACUGACAAUGUUCUUUAUAUAUUAACACACAAAAGGAUACUCAAAUUUCUAUUCCUCUAUAUUCACGAGCUACCAAGACCUUCCUUUGUAGAUAAAACAAUAGAAGAAUUAAGAAUAGGGACUUAUGAUAAUAUAGCAACAGCUACCGAAGAAACUAGCAUAAUUUUAGCUCUUAAAAAAUUUGUCGAAAGGCGAGUUUCGGCAUUACCUAUUCUUGAUUCUGAAGGAAAAUUGGUUAAUAUAUACUCCAAAUUUGAUGUAAUUAAUUUAGCUGCUAUGAAAACUUAUGAUAAUUUGGAUGUUUCUCUAAAAGAAGCAACUCAACAUCGAAGUGAUUGGUUUGAAGGAGUUCAUAAGUGUAAAUUAGAUGACACAUUGUUUAUCGUUAUGGAAAAAAUAGUAAAAGCCGAAGUUCACAGGCUAGUUGUAACAGAUGAAAAUGAAAAAGUUAUUGGUAUUAUUUCAUUAUCUGAUAUAUUAUUGUAUCUUGUUUUAAGGCCAUGUGGUGAAGAUGGAGGCAGUACCAAAGAUAUUUCAAGCUCAUUGCGAGCACAAGAUUCGACAGCUUCCAGUUCGGUACAAUCAGACCCAGCUGUUGCCGUUCGUAAUAAUGAUGAUGACGAGAAUGAUGAUGAUGAUGAAGACGAUAUGAUAGAAGUUGAUACAGGUGUCGAGGCUCAUACUCAAACAGAAGCUAUUAAUGGGACUCAAUCGACCCUUGUUGAACAAUCCCAAGAGUCGGCACGACGAGAAGUAGCAGUAUCCAGUGGUGAAUAAAUUCAGUUAUUGAAAAAAUUUUAUUUUUUCUUACUUGCUAUGUGUUUUCGUAAACAUCAAAAAGUAUCACUGAUACUCAAUUGUCGCUCUUUAGUGCUUGUGAGAAAAAAAAAAAAAAAAAAAAAAAAAAAAAAAAAAUGUAUUUUUAAUUA